UGUCAGGGAGUGAUGACCAAGGUUGUGUUCUCUCCUCAGCCACUGUUUGUUCCACAUAAGAUGAAUAAGAACAGCAGACUCCACACUAAUUCUAACAUAAAGAACAUUGUUUUCUUUGAAAUUGGCAUUGGGAUCUCAGCCAAUAGCUUCCUUCUUCUCAUCCACAUCCUGAAGUUCAUUCAUGGGCACAGGCCCAAACCCACUGACUUGUCCAUUGGUCUCUUGGCCCUAAUCCACCUGCUGAUGCUAGUGACGAAGGGAUUCAUAGAUAUGGACAUUUUUGAGUCUUCAAGUGGGUGGGAUGACAUCACAUGCAAAUCCAUUAUCUACUUACACAGGAGUUUUAGGGGCCUCUCCCUUUGUACCACCUGCCUGCUAAGUGUUCUUCAGGCCAUCACCCUCAGCCGCAGAAGAUCCUGCCUAGCAAAGUUCAAACAGAAUCCCCUAUACUAUAAUUUGUGUUUCCUUCUUCUUUUGAGUACUCUCUACAUAUCCUUUAGCAGUCAUCUCUUAAUAACGAUUGUUGCCACCACCAACUUAACCUCAGAAAACUUCAUGUAUGUUACAAAUUCUUGCUCUCUUUUACCCAUGGGUUAUCUGAUGAGACAUAUAUUUUCUGCACUGUUAACCCUCAGGGAAGCCUUUCUCAUCAGUCUUAUGGCCCUCGCCAGUGGGUACAUGGUGGCUAUCUUGUGCAGGCACAGGAAGCAAGCCCGCCAUCUUCACAGCACCAGCCUUUCUCCAAAAGCAUCCCCAGAGCAAAGGGCCACCCGGACCAUCCUGAUGCUUGUGAGUUUCUUUGUGGUCAUGUCCAUCUUGGACGGCAUUAUCUCCUACUCAAGAACCACAUUGAAUGAUCAUCCUAUAUUUUACUGUAUCCAGAUUCUUGUGGCCCACAGCUACGCGGCAUUCAGUCCCUUUGUGUUCAUCAGCAUUGAAAUACGUACAAUCAACUUUUCUGGGUCCAUGUGUGGCAGGACAGGAAAUAUCUAA